UAGUAGCGGUCAAUAAUUGUUGGCGUCGAGACAUGCCCACGCGCAUGUUUGAUAAAACAAUAUAAAUAUUCAUCUAAAAACAAUGAAAUAGUGAUGUGACUCGAUAUAUCUUUGAUUUUAAUUCGAAAACGUAAUUAUCUAGUCAGCGCGUAGUGUUUUUUUUUAAAUUAUUAUAACCUUGAACUUUUUAAAGUGAGGAUGUAUAAAUAUGUUGUCGUUUUGUGUUUGACUGCUUCAGUUCCAGCUUUGUCGUCUGUAGCAAAAAAUGAUGGAGAACUUUGCAGUUGGUCGGAGCAUAAAUGCGGUGAUGGACAGUGCAUCCCUUUAAGACACAGGUGUGAUGACAUAAGACAGUGUUCUGAUGGCUCAGACGAGGCUAACUGUUAUCCGACAGCAGACCUGGCAACCCAGGAACAGCCAAUUCUGAACAGAUUGAAGCGUCAAGCAAAUCGUUGCCGACGCGACCAAUGGCCGUGCCGUGAUGGUUCCUGUAUCGGCUUCGACGGUAAAUGCGACGGGGUGGUCGAUUGUAAGGAUGGAAGCGAUGAAACUCAUGCUCUGUGCAGAAAUAACAAGUGUCAAAGCAACUGGUUCCGCUGCACUUACGGCGCAUGCGUAGACGGCACGGCGCCGUGUAACGGCGUGCGAGAGUGCGCAGACGACUCCGACGAGCUAUUGGCGCGCUGCAGAAAUGUCACCGUAGAGGCAAACGGCCAAUUCAAAUGCGACAAUGGCGAUACAAUACCAGCUUCCAAUCAUUGCGACGGCGUCGCCAACUGUGCAGACGCCUCCGAUGAGAACAUCAAAGCAUGCGCGGGCAAGACUUGUUACCAGUAUCUUUUUCAAUGCGCGUACGGCGCAUGCGUAGAUUCUGGUGCCGAUUGUAACGGGAUACAAGAAUGCGCGGACGGUAGCGACGAAUCUAAUGAGCUUUGCGACAGAAUUGGCGGGAAUACUACGGGAAAGCAACCUGGAUCUGUUACACCCCCACCAAAAACGUCAGGCAAAUGCACCCUACCCCCAUACCCGUCUCACGGCCGAUACACAGUCAUGAACGCCCCCAACGCUUCUCCCGGGCAAACGUCAGACCUUUACGUACUGAACGUAACAUGCCACCAAGGGUACGGCGUGGUGGGCGGUAACACGCAGGUGUUCUGCGCAGACGGCGAUUGGUCACCGUCCGAUGUAUUGCCGGAAUGUAGACGCUUCUGCAAACUGACCCGUCACCCCAGCGUCGAGCACAAGUGCCGCAUCACAAUCGGUGGAGCCGAGGGCAGCCGCCCUUGCGCCACCCACGAACCCCCAGGCACGAUAGCUUGGCCGGAAUGCGUCAAACCCAGCUAUUUCUUCCUCGGAGAAUUACCAUCAAUGAGAUGCGGCGAUGACGGAAGCUGGGAUAACAACCCUACUUGUACACCAGAUUGCGGUCAAGUGACUCCUGAGGGCGCUGAACUGAUAAUAGGCGGGCGUCGUGCCAAACGCGGGGAAUUACCUUGGCACACGGGUAUUUAUAAGAAGACAACAACGCCUUAUAUGCAAAUAUGUGGGGGGUCGCUUGUCAGGCCCAGCGUGGUUAUAUCAGCCGCACACUGCUUCUGGCACGAUGAAAAUAAAGUUCUGCCCGCUAAGAACUACGCUGUGGCGGUCGGGAAAUUGUACCGGCCGUGGAACGAUCCCAAUGAUGACUCGCAGAAGGCAGACGUAAUGUCGCUCCACAUACCACAACGUUUUCGUGGUUCAGCGUCCAACUUCAUGGAGGAUCUGGCCGUUCUCCAGCUGACGGUUUCCUUCGUCUACAAGCCCCACAUAGCGCCCGUGUGUUUGGACUUCGACGAGAACUUUGAUCAUUUGCAACUGGCCGAGGGGAACGUUGGAAAGGUGGCCGGCUGGGGUCUUACAGACAUCAACGGCCCCGCGUCACAAGUACUGAAGGUCGUUGAACUCCCCAUAGUGCCAUAUGACGUGUGUUUCAACGAGUCGCCGCCGAAUUUCCGCGCUUACAUAACGGGUGAUAAAAUUUGCGCCGGUUACAAGAACAACGGCACAGCAGUCUGCAAAGGCGACAGCGGCGGCGGGCUUGUCAUAGCUCAAUACGAGCGCGGGAAAUACAGAUACUACCUCCGCGGGGUGGUCUCCACCGCGCCAAACGACGAAAACUUGUGCAAUGCUAACACAAUAACAACUUUCACGCAUUUGUUGAAACACGCACCGUUUGUCAAGAAUUACCUGUGAUAAUGUGAUCUGAAUAAA